UGCCGUUGCCAGAGGAGCGGGGUACUUCCGCCGCGGUUUGCUAAAGAGACACACUUCUCAAUCCCGAUGGCAAACCGAACGGUUAAAGAUGCAAACAGCAUACACGGGACGAACCCGCAGUAUCUGGUGGAGAAAAUCAUCAGGACCCGAAUCUACGAGUCGAAAUACUGGAAAGAGGAGUGUUUUGGACUUACGGCCGAGUUAGUUGUUGACAAAGCCAUGGAGCUCAAGUUUGUCGGCGGAGUUUAUGGUGGAAACAUCAAGCCCACUCCCUUCCUGUGUCUGACGCUGAAGAUGCUGCAGAUUCAGCCCGAGAAAGACAUCAUCGUGGAGUUUAUUAAAAACGAGGACUUCAAAUAUGUUCGCCUACUUGGAGCAACGUACAUGAGGUUAACAGGAACCUCGGUGGACUGUUACAAGUACUUGGAGCCUCUAUACAACGACUACAGAAAAAUCAAGCGUCAGAACCGAAAUGGAGAGUUUGAGCUCAUGCAUGUGGAUGAGUUCAUCGAUGAGCUUCUUCACGCUGAGAGAGUGUGCGACAUCAUUUUGCCGAGGCUUCAGAAAAGACAAGUCCUUGAGGAGGCUGAACUGUUAGACACACGUAUCAGUGCUCUGGAGGAAGACCUGGAUGAGGUGGAGAGCAGCGAAGAGGAAGAUGAGGAGGAAGAGAAGCCAGAGAGACUACAGACCCCUGAGCCCCACAGACGCAGUUACCGUGACAACGACAGACCCCGUCGCUCCCCAUCGCCACGUUACAGACGCAGUCGCUCACCCAGACGGAGGAGCAGAUCACCAAAGAGGCGAAGCCCGUCUCCGCGCAGAGACCGCCAUCGCAGCAAGAGCCCCCGCCGACACCGCAGCAGGUCCAGAGACAGACGCCACCGCUCCAAAUCCCCAGGUCACCACAGAAGCCACAGACAUCGCAGCCACUCCAAGUCCCCAGAAAGGAGUUCAAAGAAGAGUCACAAGAAAAGUCGAAGAGGAAACGAGUGAUCUUUUUUUUGGUUGUUUCUUUUUUUACCUGCAAGUGGACAAAGUUCUUAGCUCCAAAUCUUGUAUGAAAUUUCCUUUUUCUUUUUUUUUUUUUUUUAAUUCUGUUUCUGGGUGUGAUUUUUACCUUGAAAUAUUGAACCAGUCUAAAUAUUUUACACAUGUGAAUACCUUCAACGUAAUUUUCAGUAUAUAAUAAAUAGGACAGAGGCGGCCGGUAUGUUGUAACUGAGCCUUGCACUGCUAGACAGUAAACUAAUGUUGUCCAUUGUUGAGAAUAGUUGUCUCCACCUUUAAUAUGUUUUGGACAUGUCGGUGUCAAAAAAUGCAGUUCCUGUAAAAAAUGGUUUAAUUUCCUGCCUGAAUUGAGCAGGAUUAUUUGACAUUCAUCAUAAAAAUAAAGAAGCUCCCCUGCUUCAUUAGUCUUGUG